UGGGUGAGUGAAAUCCGAUCGAUAAGGCACAGUUCGGCUGCUCGGGAAAGCUGCUGCUCUGAGAGUUACUUUGAGACGAUCUGUUCCGAGCGCGGAUCAUCAGUAGAGUUCGAGCAUCGGUACGGGGAGUAGUACUUGAGCGGUUGAUUCUGCCGGCGUGUGUGUGGUUUGCGAGGUUCUGAAACGUCAAGGUUAGGUGUACGGUUGGAAAUAGAAGUUUCGCGGACACAAUAGUUCGUGAUGCAAUUGUGCUUGAAGUGGCAGAACUCGAUACCCUGCUGACGUCGUGAUUCCCAAGAUGUGCAAGCGCAAAUCGCUGCUCCAGUGCCCGAAGGUUGUCCGACUAUCGGUACCCGCGACGACCCCGCGGUGAUAGGACCUUCUCCUGCCUGUCAGUAUUCGCUCCACCGAGUUCCGUGUGAUAUGUGCAGUGCGGUGCAAAAGUUCAAUGAAUCUGGAUUUGCUUUGUUUCCUCGGCCGACACGAAGCUAGAGUUAUCACUUUUGUGUCCCAAAAGUGCCUUCCAAAGAAUCAGUCUACAGUGUGCGUGUGUGCGUGUAAUUGUUAGUGGUAACAACAAAAAUCACCGUGAAUCUAGAGAAGAGACACUUAAUCUAUAGUGCCCUUAAAGAACGUUCUAGCACAUAGCAUCCUUAGCCUUUGCUGCAGGUCAGCUCGAAUCUCUGCGUUUCGCAACACUUGACCGAGAUCAUCGACUGUCUACUGAUAAUCCCACGAUCGUACCCUGGUACGGUGCACAGAAGAAUCAGUUCGACAAGUGGUGCGUGAAAUUGUGUGUAUUCUAAUCUAGUCGAACCCAACAAGGCAGCAGUGAGUGUCCCCGUUGUGGCUGGCCGGCCGAAUCCUCUGCCGCUUAUCGCAUUUGGCAAUAAUUAGUCGUCGACGAUCGCGAGAGUCAUUCGCACUUGCACUAAUUAGCGAUCAAGUGGAGCAACACCGGCGCGAAAGGAUCCCCAUCACUUGAUAAGGAAGAGAUAUUUAUUAUUAGACGGAGUCUGUGUUGACGGUGGUGGCACCAUGCCAUGGCAAUUCAACUUUACCAAGCGCCAGUGGCUGACACUGGCGGUGAUGGGUCUGGCGGAUUUUUGCAAUGCAAUCUGCGUCAGCUUACAGGCACCGUUCUUCCCGAAUGAGGCCGAGAAGAAGGGUGCGACCGCGACCGAGUACGGUCUGGUGUUUGGCGUGUUCGAGCUCGUCGUGUUCAUCAUCUCCCCAAUCUACGGUCAGUACAUCAACCGAAUUGGACCGAAAGUAUUAUUCAACACCGGCAUCUUCACCACCGGGACGUCCGCGAUCAUCUUCGGACUGCUGGACCGGAUCCCGGGCCACACGGGCUUCAUCUCGGCGGCCUUUGUGAUCCGGAUAGUGGAAGCGCUCGGGAAUGCCGCGUUCUUGACGGCCUCCUUUGCCAUCAUCGCCAUGGAGUUCCCGAACAACGUGGCGACCACUUUUGCAUCCCUGGAAACGUGCUUCGGCUUUGGACUGAUCGUUGGUCCGAUGGUCGGUGGGGCGCUGUACUCCGUGGGUGGCUACUACCUGCCCUUCGUGGUGCUGGGUUCUACACUGUUUUGUGUGGCCAUCCUAACGCUGUGCGUUCUGCCGAGGCACGUGGACGAACCCACGGAAAACGGUGGCAAAAAAGCUUCGAUGAUGACCCUGUUGAGGAUCCCGGGUGUGCUGGUGUGCUCGUUAGCAAUCUGCGCAACUUCUGCGUCGAUUGGAUUUUUAAGCGCAACGUUGGAACCACACUUGCGCCAGUUUGACCUGGGCCCGAUCGUGCUGGGACUGGUGUUUGUCAUCAACGGAGGAAUCUACGCCGGUACUGCACCGUUGUGGGGUCUCUCGCUGGAUCGGUGUUUGAGCCCGAAAGUGUGCUCCGCCAUCGGGUGUUUCCUGGUGGUGGCUGGAUUCCUGAUUGUAGGGCCGGCACCGUUCUUCCCGGUGGAAACAUCGUUAGCGGUGAUUAUUGUGGGGCUGGUAUUCCACGGGCUUGGAAUCGCUGCAGUGUUGGUGUCCGGCUUUACGGAUGCUUUGCGUACGGCAAUUGCCCACGGCCUGCCCGACAACAUCGAGACUUACGGACUAGUGUCCGGUCUGUGGACGUCAACGUUCGCCUUUGGCGCGUUCGUGGGUCCCUCGGUAAGUGGAUUUCUGUUCGACGCCAUCGGGUUCCGCAGCUCGACGUUGUUCAUCGUGGUCCUGGAGCUGAUCGUGGGAUCAGUCAUCGUGCUGUUCAUCUGCUGCUGCAAGACGCCUACGCAGUACAAGGAGAUCUCGUCGGUGGAGUCGCUGCUCAAGAGCCAGGACGGCCAGUCGAUCGAUGGAAGUGUGGCCAGCCGGAGUAGCAGCUUGGAUAUCACUCUACGAGGCAACAAACCGGCCGGAUUCUCCGCCAGUCAGCACUCACUCGCCAUCGAGUCAUGGCGCCUGCCCUCGGCCAACAGUCUGAUCCUGACCAACAGCUACAACAGCAAGCAGGGGCACUGGGCCCGGUCGGUCACAGAGUUGGAAACUAGUAACGUGGCACAGUACGGGCGACAGUACGGAAGUUUCGAAACCAGGCCAGCCUUCCAGGACACCAUGUCUUAACCGAGCGCGCCUCUCUGACCAAUGGUCCGGUCACUUAAGUAGAUAGCAGUGUAAACAAAAAGGCAAGAUAAGCGUUUGAAAAAGCGAGCGCGCGAAAGCUGGUUCAAAUCGAUGGUUGCCCCGCGGCAGAGCUAAAGUAUGAAAUAAAUAGGCUAUUUAUAAUAAAUAAGAAUAUACGA